AGCCCCUCCCUGCUCCGUGCUCUCUUUUACACACAAGCAAACCCAGCUUCUGUUAUGGUAGGGGCUACACAUUGGCAUUUACCAAACAGCCACGGCAUGCCACUCUCCCUGACAGCACCUCCCUGCCUUCUCAGGAGACAGACAGACAGGCUGAACUGAGCUGAGAGCAGACUGAAGUGGACUGUCUGACAAACACGCCCUCACAUCAGCAAGACAAAGUGGAGGAAACUGCUGAACACUUGUCACAAGCCAGCAGCCUGCAUUCUCAACUUGAUGACUGAGCCAGCAGUGAGACUGAUUGAGAUGUCUGCAGUAACAGGUCCAACUCCAACCAGAUAAUGUGACAACAAAUUGUUUGGACAACUGAAGAUAAAAGAAAUGAUGGAAGGACAAAACGGAAAUAUCUUGCCUCAUAAAACAACAGAGAAUGGAAUUAAAGGGAAGCCCCCAUACUCAGUGGAAACCCCUUAUGGCUUUCGACUUGACCUGGACUUCUUAAAAUACGUCGAUGACAUAGAGAAAGGCAACACAAUCAAAAGAGUCCCCAUCCAGCGCCGAAGCAAGGGCCCCCGAGCAAGCACUUUACCCAGGCACCUCAGCCCUUCUGGUAGCGGCUAUCGCCCGAGCCCCUGGGGAUCUACUGGAGCUCUUGGCCCCAGGUCCCGACUGUCAGAUGCCCAUCAUCAUGGCUACACUUCCUGGGCAAAUGAUCACAGGUUGCCACUUUCUCCCACAGGGCUCAAAACCCUGACUGAGAUGGAGGUCAGAAUCAAGGAGUUUGAUGAGCAACCUCUAGGUGAGCACGUCAGACCUAAUCUCCUCCGCGCCUCCAGUCUGCCACUCACAGUGCUGCUGAGACAGGGAUCAGAAUCCACUGAUGACCCCGGCAGCCUCCGAAGUUCAAGGGAUCACCUUGAAGGAAGAAACACCUCCUGUGAAGACGUCUUCUACUCCUCAGACAGUCCUCGAGCCCAGGACUGCUCAGGGCUGUUGAGGCGCUUGACAGAGGCCCUUGAACGUGUGGGGGAGCUGGAGAUGGAGAUGAGGGUGAUUCCAGAGCUCAGGGCGCACAUCUGCAUCCUCCAGGAGGAAAGAGAAAGGCUCCGUCUGGGCCUGAAUCCACAUAUCACACCCCACUCAAUGAAUGGAAACACAGACCCUUACACCUCGUCCCACGGCACAGUGGAAAUCAAAAGGCCUCGGCAUGAAAGUCAUAUCAUGUUUCCUAGAAAUCACAGCGUCACUCAGGAAGACUCUAAUCCAACACACGAGUGGAGGACUAGUACAGAUCUGGAUGAGCUGCUGACAGUGACGUCUCUACAGGCUAAGGUAGCUGUGCUGGAGCAGAAGCUCCAUGAGACUGCCAUGGAUCUCCAGAGGGCCUUAGGGCUGCUGAGGGAGCAGCAGGACGAGAGCAGAAGGAAAGAUGAGAAGAUUGAGCACCUUAUUACGAAUCCUGGUAUGUGGGUCCGUGCAGAGAGAGUGGUGGUAGACCAGGAUGGAGAUGAACCAUAUGAUAAUAAAGUGUCAAAACGUCCAGAUGCAUUCAUCAGUACAAGGACUGUAACCACAAACGGACGAAGAAGUCGACAACAAGACUCUGUUGUCGAUUCUACAGAAAGGAGCCCACUAUCUGUGGAAGCUGGAGACGCUUCAGAUGACGGUAUAGAUACAACAAUGGUCGUCCACCACAUAAAGAAGAUCAAGAGGCUCCUGGAUCAGCAGUGGGAGUGUUUGUGUGCAGACCGUGAGUCAGGAGAGGAGGGUAAACCUCUAAGGCACCCAGACCCCAAAGUCAACUCCCUGCAGCAGGAGAUGAUGGGACUUGUUGACAUCCUUACCUCCUACUACACCCAGCAUGGACACAGUGAUGGAGAGAGGAUUCAACAUGGAGCCUCUAAAUCCAUCAUGAGGACAGACGGAUGUGCCUCGACAUCAAAAAACGUACAUUCUGGGGGUGUUAAUGAAGGAUGCAAAACAACCAAAAGUGUUGAGCAGGACUGUGUCGACCAGAGCAAGCAGAAGGAGAGCAGCAUCAGCCCUAGGGAGGUGGCUGCUGCCCAGGUGGAUGCAGACCCAGAGACGAGACGGAUGGAGGGAGAGAAGCAAACGAGCCCAGACAGACAGAUGAUAUCGGGAGGAGCAGGAUCAGUGCGGACAGAUGGAGGGGUAGCGUCUGUGGAAGCUGAGGCUGCAGAGAAAACGGCCAAGACGAAACCACAGCCCCUGGGAGAACAGAUGGAGGGGGACUCUGGCUCAGAAACCACCACCGGGGGCAGGGAGACAGUGAGUGCAGAUUUUAUGACUGCUUGUCAGUUCCUCAAAGAUCACAUGGACAACAUGGAUAACCCCAAUGAUGACAUGAGGAAGGCCCUGGUCGUGGUGUUUCAGCACUGGUUUAGUGCAGCAGCAGAGGAGGCUUCAGUGGCCAGCAGGUUGGCUGUGUACCUGAGAGAAGUGAAGAAGACCACACCUUCACUGCUGGCCUUCUUGGUCAACCUGGCUGACGACAAUGGCAACACAGUGCUGCAUUACAGCGUGUCCCACUGCAACUACAGCAUCGUCAACCUGCUACUGGACACAGGUGUGAGUGACGUGAACCUUCAGAACAACGCCGGCUAUACAGUAGUGAUGCUGGCCUCACUGACAGCGCCUGAUGGGCCAGCUGGCAUGGAGGUGGUCCGCAAGCUAAUGGAGCUUGGCAACGUUCACAUUCGCUCCAGCCAGACAGGCCAAACAGCUCUGCACUUGGCGGUGAGACACGGGCGAGUUGUGAUGGUUCGCCUGCUGCUGAGCCGUGGAGCAGACGCUAACAUCCAGGACAGCCAGGGAACCACGGCCCUGAUGUUCGCAUCUGAAAGGGGCCACACACACAUCGCAAGGCUGCUCCUGGAGAGGAGCCAGUGUGACCUCACCCUGACUGACAAGCGUGGUCGAACUGCACUCUCUAUCGCCAUGCAAGGUUCCCACACAGAUACAGCCGCCCUCCUGCAGGCCCAUGCUAAAGCCCGUGCUUUUUAGGACUGGAAAACUGGAAGAGAAUCUGCAGACAUACGAUGCUUGCACAUGUGCUCUUUUCUGUCUGAGGCACUUCAAAAUCCAGUUUAAUGCUGACGCUAUGUGCUUGGAUUGAGCUGUUGCUGACAUGAUAUUGUUUCUGAAUUCUGGACAUCUGCACGAGCAUUAGCUUGAAUUUUGGCUGGGAUGACAUCAUUAUAACAAGACUCUACAUCUUCAAUGAGUGAGGUAAAGCUUAGAUGUGUUUGUCAUGAUUGCUGAUGCAGUAUACAGUAAAUGUGCUGUCUUCUAUUACUGCUGAUGUUAUAGUUACGUCUGAUCUUUGCACAUCCAAGUAGCAGCUUAGCUUUGCUAACUAUGCAAUGAAAAAACAAUAUUUAUUAAGAUAUGUUUAUUGUGUUGGUCACAUGACUACGUUAACCAUUCUCAAAAGGUCUGUGCUUAUAAUACAACUCUCACUAUCCCAGGUGCUUUUAUGUUUUUAGAGGAAUAUUACAGAUUGCUAUUUGCAUUUUUUUCAGCAGCCAAGCACUUUUUAAAUAAAAUUUGUGUAAAAUAUACAAAGAAAAGCAAAAUACAUGUCUAAUGCUGCAUGCCAGGCACUUGAAAGAAAGAAUUAUUGGUGCCAAAAAACAAACCUGUUGAUUUCACUCAGUAGUAAUUGCUAUACUGAUGUUUAAACUGUAUGUUUGUAAUAAAAUGAUGAUACUG